AUGGCGCAAGAACUUGCAUCCUACGUCACCCUCGACGUUUUCACUGCCCAAGCAUUUUCUGGCAAUCAGUUGGCUGUGGUGAAGAUUGAGGGAGAUCAGCUGUCGAAGAAAGAUAAACAAUCAAUCGCGAGGGAAUUCAAUUUUUCCGAAACCGUGUUCCUUUAUUAUGACGAUCCAAGACAACCCCCGAGACUUGAGAUUUUCACCCCCGUGAAUGAGAUGGAUUUCGCAGGCCAUCCGGUUAUUGGACUCGGGCAUGUUCUCUUUCGAGGCCUGCUUAACGAUCUCCCUGUCCCAGCCACGAAGGAAUAUGAUCCACGAACUAUCAUGACCAAAUCUGGACCUGUUGUCAUUCAAUUUGACGCUCCCAGUCAAACCGUUUCCGCCGAAAUCCCACACAACGUGCAUCUGCACAGCCAGCCAGUCCCUGUGCAAAGACUUCUUGAUACCCAAAAAUGUCUCUCAGAGGGCACGGCGCGAGCUCGCCUGCAAGCCCAAUAUCCAGUUCUAUCCAUUGUCAAAGGCGUCUCCUACGUCCUGGCGGAUCUGACCGAUACGCCGGAUAUCUUUGCUGCGGUCACCGCAGGCAAAAGCCCUGCGAUCGAUCUGGAUGAUGGAUGGAGGCCGUCGUUUGCCGGUACGAUGUACUACCGUCGGACUUCACCUCUACACAGUGAUCAAGGUACAAUGGUCCAAGACCUCCGUGUCCGCAUGAUUGCGAUUGACCUGGAGGAUCCCGCCUGUGGCAGUGGCUCCGCCAGCUUGUCCGCAUAUUUAGCGCUCCAGGACGGCAGAGCAAAUGGGAAGUACAAAUACAAUAUCGACCAGGGAUCGGAAAUCGGGCGGCAGAGCUAUAUCACUGUCGAGGUAUUCUUGAAUGACCGCGGCGAUGGCAUAUCGAUGAUUUCCCUCGCUGGCCAAGCAGCUCUGGUGACGGAGGGGAGAAUUUACCUUCCUGCAUGA